CGAAGGGCGCGGGGUCGCCGUCGGGAGAGAAGCAAAGGCAGCUAUAAAAGACAGGAGAGCCCGCCAUCGACUACAGUCCUCUUUCCUCUGCCACUACAGCUGCAUCGCCUCAGAAUGACGCCCCGGAGGACAGUCGUGGAGGGCGCCCUGCUGGCACUGGCCUCCUGCGCCCUCGCCCUCGCCACCUCCAGGGUGGCCCGCCAGAUCGGCACGGCCGGUGUCGAUUUCCCGACCUUCUCGCAAGUGCCCCCCGACCUGACCUUCUCGUGCCAGGACAAGAUUCCCGGAUACUACGCCGACCCCGAGGCGCAGUGCCAGGUAUGGCACUGGUGCGUGCCCGGCGGACAGAAGUACUCGUUCCUUUGCCCCAACAUGACGCUCUUCAACCAGCUGUACAGAGUCUGCGACUGGUGGUACAACGUGGACUGCGCGGGCUCGCCGAACAGCUACAGCGUCAACGAAGAUCUCUACAAGAUUCCUGAAGGUCGAAGCUUUGGCGACGAAGCUUUGGUCGACGCUCACUUGUAAGGAGCUGACCGCUGAAAAUGUGUAGUUGCAUCUCAUUUCUGAUUCAUCAAUAGAAUGACAUUGUAAUGGGAUAUUUUCCGACAUGUGAUUUGCUUUCAUUUUGCAGCAAAAAAUACAAAUUGUUACUGGUGUCUGAUUUGGAAUUCAUUUGCCAUUAAAUGUAUACACUAUCAAUUAUUAUA